AUGUCUUUGAAAGAAGCUCUGAAGUCUCAGAUAUCACCAGGGACUCAGGAGAACUCACCUAACAACGCGCCUCAGCUUCUUCCAUAUCGUGAGCAAACUCAGCCGUGGUGGUUCCAACCUGCCCCGCAACACUAUGGGUCGAAUGUCGAUUUCAAUGCCGAUCCUACCCGGCGGCCGUACUCGAGCCACUUCCAACAAGUUGUUCCUGAGCAGUUUCAACAAUUCGCUCCCAAGCAGCAUUUACAACAGAUUAUCCCUCAGCAGCAUCAACAGCCAUUCCCUUACCAGUACCAAGCUGGGCCAUUUGCCAUGCCCUCAGCCAAUUCUCGAUCCCUCGAUGAUGAAAAACGGAAACUCCCCGGCUGCAAGUUUGAUGGAGGUGGCGGAAGUUUGAGAAUUAGGACUCACUGA